AUGUUUUCCAUACGUGUAGGAGGCCCGUCAGAUAGCGACGAGCUCUAUCAGAGAACUCUCGAACUACUGGAAUACCAUGGAGUUCCAGGCGACCAGACGCAGAUGUCCCCUUCCACCUUCCUGCAGCUUCAAAAGGAGGACUUUCUGCAAAUCCUCGUGUUGACCUGCAUCGAUCCAUCUCACGAGGCUUCUCCCAAGCUGGUCGGUUAUGCCUCCUUUAUGUCAGAAUUUGACAUGCUAUUCGGGGGCCAUGGUCUUCUACUGGACCACUUUUUCAUCCAAGAGGCCUACCGCGGCAAGGGCCAGGGCCGGCGCUUGUUAAAGGCCGUCUGUGAGGCAGCCCAAUUCCAGCAAGCCAAGUAUUUGAAGCUGUACUUCAAGGACGGCCUCCGGCUGGACAAAUUCUACGAACACUUUGGUUUCAGUAAUCUCACCAAAUCGCCUCCCUACAUGCACUACUUUGAGAUCUACGGCCACAAGGAGAUACAGCGCUGUCUGCGUAUUAAGAUGAAGAAGGUGGUCAGCAAUGCCUGUAGAAAGUCCCGAAUUGAGAAGGGUGCGGACCUCGGGACGGGGAACCUGGCCUGGCAAUUUGAGUUGCCUUCGCGCUUGCAGGAGGACGAGGAUUCUAGCGCCGGGCCCUGCUACCUCCUCUCCUUUAAGCUGCCUCACCCCAUCGAAAAGGCAUCACACAGUCCCCCAGACGGUGUCCUGAUUAUUCUUCUUCGGGCUCCCGGCGGUGAUUCAAGAAUUUCCACUCUACAGGACGUGCUGGAUGCGGUGAAUUUGCCAAUUCACAGUGGACCGGAAGUGCUGUGGAGCCGAGUGGCCAAAUCGAAACUCUACCUCCUCAAUGGGGUGCGGUGUUGCGCGUUUGUUGAAAAGCCCGCCUUCUGUGGAUGGUUGGGCAAGAUGGUGACCUUCUGUGACUUUGUAGGCGACUUGAGUAUCCUCUGUGAGGAGGUCUUUGUGGAUCGAGUGAAGCACUGGGCGCUACGCUGGUCGGAACUGAUGGGAGUCAACUUUGAAGUGCCCGUGCCCGAUCCACAGAACCAUGACCACUACGCCGGCCAGUCUUAUCGUCCCCUGCUGAAGAUUUUGCGCAAUCUCAGAGUAUCAGACAGCUCCCAGCGCGAUGGCUGGAAUGCAGCGUUGCUUGAAGAGGAGGAUUUGCAGGCGAUCUUGAUGGGUCCAGGCGACCGAAGUCAGCAAUGA